CAGAGUCCCCGCAGGGUUUAAGCCUUCAGGUUUAUCACGGCCUGCCGCUCCCUGGUAAUGCCCGGUCGUCAUUUCAAUCUUAAUGGCUUGCCGUCCUUUCUCUGUUCUGCUCAUCAGACGCUUCUCUCCCUUACCUUUAAACUCUAAACCUCCUGCAACUACAAGCUCCUUCUACCUCUCUCAGCUUCUGACGUCCAAACCCUACUCAACUUCUCAAGACUCUGCCGCUGACCCCAAGCCCACUAGCCUUUCUGCCCGUCUUAGCUUCGUCUUUGAUCAAAUCGACGCCAUUGAGAAAGAACGCGACCAAAAGCACCAAACUCUUCAGCGAAUUCGAGCCUGGCGAGAGUCUAAGAAGACGCAGUUGCCGCCAAAUGACGCUAAUGGCCCAGAAUCAGAAAUAGGGUCCGCAGCUAAUGUCAACCCCAACCCAGCCGAUGCCGGUUUAGCUGAGUCGAAGUUGGAGGCGACGAGAGAGGAAGAGAGGCAUGGUGAAUUGGCGAAGAAGGAUGUAGAGUUGGUGCACCCGUGGCCGGAAUGGAUCGAAUUAAUGGAGAGGUUGGUUCAGCAGAAUUAUUUUGAUCACAGGAGGAGGGACGAGGAUAAACUGGUUCAUGAUUUGGGGUUCGAUUGUGCCGGGCUGGCAGAUGAUGAGGGAUUUGAGUUCACUAAGGAUUUCAAGAGCGUGCAAACUGCCUGCCUUAAUUUUGGGAAAGACCGUUUCGAUAUACUAAGGUCCUUGUCGAGGCAGGAUAUUCAAAUUCUGGUUGGUCUCGGAUGCCCGACUGCAGACAAAAAAGUGGUUUUCUCUGCUAAACUUCUGAGGAAGCAUGUCCACCUCGAUGAAGGAGAUGUCUGUAGUUCCUGCAGUUUGAGAAACUCUUGUGAAAGGGCAUAUCUGCUUACAAAUAAAGAGGAUGAGGCACGAACUGUUGAUGUCAUGCGGGUCUUAUUGACGUUUGGCUUUGAUCCUGUGAAUGGAUCAUCCACCACUAAGUCACUUCUAAAGCAAAAGUCUGUGAAAACUGUGGUUCGUAAGUUGCUUCAUGAGGUUGUUAAGUUGAGUUCAGUUCCUAUAGAUCCUAAUCUACCCCCUCCUGUCAUAAAAAAGCCGCCGCCAAAAGUGAAGCAACCUCCUCCUCCUCCAAGGAAACGUGUUGGACGGGAUGAUGUUGAGAUGAAAAAAGGAGACUGGCUUUGUCCAAAGUGUGAUUUCAUGAAUUUUGCAAAGAAUACUGUUUGCUUACAGUGCGAUGCCAAACGUCCAAAAAGACAGUUGCUGCCAGGAGAAUGGGAAUGUCCUGAGUGCAACUUCUUGAAUUACAGGAGGAACACGGUAUGCUUUCAUUGUGAGUGUAAACGCCCGCCUGAUGAAUUUCUGGAGAACAGCAUUCAAGACAAACAGCGUACUUCCAAACCAAGGGGGGAUAAGAUGUCGUGCAGGCAAGAGGUUUCCAAUGCUUGGAAUUUUGAUUUUGAUGAUGCUGAAUCGGAUGGUGCAGAUGUUGCAGCUUUUGAGUAUGCAGAUGCUCAUGCAAUAGAUGAAGAUUUCCCUGCAGAUGCCCAGGCUCAGCAUGAAAAUUUUGGACGGUGGGAAGGUGAAUUUGAGAAAACUGAUAGAGCGCAAGGAUCCCGUGAUGGAGAAUAUUCUAAUCCCAGUCCUAAUAGGCCUGGACUAGGGUUUGAUGAUUUUGAGGAUGAAGAUGAUAUAGAUAGUUAUGAACUAGAGGCACACAAUAAUAGUGCUAGAGCGAAAGCUUCUGAAAGUGAUUUUUCUGAAUUUGAGGACUCUUUAGAUGAACCGCGGUCCAUUCAUUCUAAUUUCAAGUCUGGUCGUUUUGCUGGUCCUGAACGGAAAGGCAAAGACAGGGUUCCAACCAAGAAAUUAAGCUUUGGUUCUGAUGAUGAUCUCGAUUUUGAUUUGGAAGAACAACGGUCCAUUCAUUCAAAAUUUAAGUCUAGCCGUGUUUCUGGGGCUGCACGAAAAGGCAAGGGCAAAGGCCCAACCAAGAAAUUAAGCUUUGGUUCUGAUUCUGAUGAAGACUUUGCAGGUGGCCUCUACUCUGAUGAGGAUGAAGAUUCAAACAAGAGGCAUACUUCAAGACGAAACAAUGGCAACAAGCAUGCUUCAGGAAGGAGAGACUUCAAGAGAGACCGGCAGCUUAGAUCCAAUGGUACCCGCCGAGCAAACGUGUUCAGUGCUGACUUCGAUGGAUCAUCUCGGCAGUCUUUUGGUAAAGGAAGAGACUCUACAAGAAAUGGCCGUAAUUGGCGGAUGUUCGAAGGGAGGGAGCGAGGCACGCGAUCACGCAGAGAACAAUCUGAAAAACAAGGAGGACAGUUUAACAAAUAUCGUAUGGAUCAGAAGGAUUUGGGUGAAUUUAGAAAUAGCCGACGUGUGAUUGAGCGAUAGAAGCAAGUUUCCAUUAGGGUGGUAUUAUACUCUAAUCCUAGUAUUUUCCCCCCCAAUGCUCGGGUACAUAAAAAGAAAAUUGUUGCAAUAAGACAUGAACAAAAUUAUUUAAAGAAUUUGAAUUUCAUGGAAAUGUCCGGGGAGGCCUUAACCGAAGAAAAUAUUUGCUUUCUAGCUCACCUGUCGUGAACGAUGUGGGAUAACAUUAAUGUUAUUUUCCGUAUUUUAUCUAAUUUUUUUAAACUUGC